GCGGGCGCGGUGAUGGGCGCGGGAUGGCGGCGCUGGGAGCGCUGGUGAAGAAGGCGUGGAGCGUGCGGCGGUUCGUGGUGCUGCUCUGCGCGCCCCUGGCGCUGGUGCCCGUCCUGCUCAGCCUGCCCGCCAAGGAAGGAAGAUGCCUCUAUGUGAUCCUGCUGAUGGCCCUGUACUGGUGCACCGAGGCGCUGCCCUUGGCCGUGACGGCUCUGCUGCCCAUCGUCCUCUUUCCCUUCCUGGGGAUCCUCCCAUCUAACAAAGUUUGCCCACAAUACUUUUUAGACACCAAUUUCCUCUUCCUCAGUGGCUUAAUCAUGGCCUCAGCCAUUGAGGAGUGGAAUUUACACCGCAGGAUCGCGCUCCGGGUCCUCAUGUUGGUGGGAGUGCAGCCAGCCAGACUAAUUUUAGGGAUGAUGUUGACAACGUCUUUCCUGUCCAUGUGGUUAAGUAAUACUGCCUCCACUGCUAUGAUGCUUCCAAUUGCAAAUGCAAUUUUAAAAAGCCUCUUUGGGGAGAAAGACACAUCUAAGGAUUUGAGCAGGGAAAAUGAAGAAAACCAAGCAUCUUUACAGCAGAAUAAACUUUACACUGUACCAACUGAGAUGCAGUUUCUGGCAAGUACUGAGGACAAAGAUCUGUCGGAGGAGAAGGAGAUUUCCAGCGAUGCUCUCUCAGACUUAAAGAAAGAAGAGGAAUACAAAACAAAUAUAUGGAAAGGUUUCCUCAUCUCAAUCCCAUAUGCAGCCAGCAUUGGAGGUACAGCAACGCUGACGGGAACUGCACCAAACCUCAUCCUUCUGGGACAGCUGAAGAGUUAUUUUCCAGAAUGUGAUGUGGUGAACUUUGGUUCUUGGUUUAUGUUUGCAUUUCCUUUAAUGCUGAUUUUUCUUCUCAUGGGAUGGCUAUGGAUCUCCAUCCUGUAUGGAGGAAUUAACCUGAGGGGCUGGAAAACAAAAAAGUCAAAUAUAAGAGUGGAUGCAGAAGCCCGAGCCAAGGAAGUGAUAAAGGAGGACUAUCAGAAACUGGGUCCAACAAAGUUUGCAGAACAGGCAAUUUUCUUCUUCUUCUGCAUGUUUGCAAUCAUGCUGUUCUCCAGGGAUCCCAAAUUCAUUCCAGGUUGGGCAAGCUUGUUUGCACCAGGGUUUAUCUCGGAUGCAGUUACAGGAAUCACCAUUGUGAUUAUACUGUUCUUCUUCCCUUCACAAAAGCCUUCCUUCAGGUGGUGGUUUGACUUGAAAGCACCAAACACAGAGACACAGCCCCUGCUGACUUGGAGAAAGGCCCAAGAGACCGUGCCCUGGAACAUCAUCCUGCUUCUUGGAGGAGGCUUUGCCAUGGCCAAGGGCUGUGAGGAGUCUGGUUUGUCUGUGUGGAUUGGAGGCCGCCUGCACCCCUUGGAGGGGGUGCCCCCGCCCGUGGCCGUCAUCCUGGUCACGGUUGUCAUCGCCUUGUUCACGGAGUUUGCCAGCAACACAGCCACCAUUAUCAUCUUUCUGCCUGUCUUGGCAGAGCUGGCAAUUCGUCUGAAAGUAAAUCCCCUCUAUUUAAUGAUACCAGGAACUAUAGGAUGCUCCUAUGCAUUCAUGCUGCCAGUCUCAACACCUCCUAACUCAAUUGCAUUUUCUUCUGGACAUUUGCUGGUCAAGGAUAUGGCAAGAACUGGGUUGCUCAUGAAUCUUAUGGGAGUUCUGCUUCUUAGCUUGGCUAUGAACACAUGGGCCAAGAGCAUCUUCCAGCUGGGGACCUUCCCUGCUUGGGCCAACAUCCAUGCAGAAAAUGCCACCUCACUUUUGACAGCUGUAGAAAAUGUCACUUUAAGUGCACUAAAUAAAAUAUGAACAAAGCCA